UGUGAAGAAGAGGCGAGAGCGACCCCUGGAUCGACUUAAAGCCCACGCCCCACUGCAUCCCCGUGUCCAGCGCCUACGUCUCACCGCCGCAGCCACCAUGCCCAAGAGAAAGGCUGAAGGGGAUGCUAAAGGAGAUAAACCCAAGGUGAAGGACGAACCACAGAGAAGAUCUGCAAGGUUAUCUGCUAAACCUGCUCCUCCAAAGCCAGAGCCCAAGCCUAAAAAGGCCCCUGCAAAGAAGGGAGAGAAGGUACCCAAAGGGAAAAAGGGGAAAGCCGAUGCUGGCAAGGACGGGAAUAACCCUGCAGAAAACGGAGACGCCAAAACAGACCAGGCACAGAAAGCUGAAGGUGCUGGAGAUGCCAAGUGAACACAGACUUGACUCCACUAAACCCAGAGACCUGUUGGAACCUGAACCCCGUGCCCCCCCAAAAUUGAUGACCAGUAUGUCAGGCAAUCUGGACUUUCUAGUGUCACCGUUGAGAUGGCGUCCUUCAAAAGAGCAGCAGUUC